AUGCAGCUUACGCUGGAGGCGCUCUUGUCUGGUGCGAGGCGCAUGACGCCCUUGCGGGCGCAAGCACUUCUCGAGCCAGAGGACAGCUCCUCCUCGGACUUUGUCGAGUCGCCCGAGGAGUCUUCGCCGGAGGUCUCCGACUCCGAUGGGGGACACCCUUCGAGUGGCCCCGACGAUCGGCGCGGAGCUGGCGAGGCGUCUCCGUCCCUCACUGUGACGUCGGGUGCCUCCGGAGAGCUCGACACCACUGGGGUGCUUGCUGCUGGUCCGAGCUCGCCUGCUUCCUCCCCGGGCAUCGGUCGGGCUGCUUGUCUGCGCGGCUUCUCGCUUGGGCUGGCGAUGCCGCGUCUGGGUGCCAGCAGUGCUGAGCUUUUUCCCUCUGUUCGAGUCUUGGCCUAUGCUGACAACGUCGUGCUUGUCGGUCCACUCGAGGAUGCCGUUGCAGCUACGUCCGCUAUGAAGAAGUACAUGUUAGCUGAUCUGAAGCUAGAGAUUCAACCUCGCGAGUCGAAAGUUUACAUCCCCUCCUGGCAUCAACACCCUGAUCUCUCGCAGCUGAAGAAGAGCCUUAAGCGCCGUCUCAAGACUCAACUUCUUCACUUCGAGGUCGUCACUGGCGGGAUUACACUUGGCGGCCUGCCUAUCGGCACGGAUGGAUUUCAUGCUAGUCAGCUCCGAGCGAAGGUUUCUACCCUCAACGAAGAGCUCUCGAAGCUCGGGCUCGUCCAGCAUGGCUUCAUGUUCAAGACGCUGGUGAGGGCGAGCCAUCUCCAGAAGCUGCGCUUCUUCCUCCAGGGGUCUUCUCCGUUUCUCCCGCGGGUCCAAUCACAGAUUCGUCGCUUUGACCUCUCUGUCCACCUGGCGCUUGAGAAAUACCACCGCUGGCCUUCCUCGCAGUACCUUGCCGCGCAUCCCGACCUGCUAGAGUUUGCGAGGUUCAAGCGGGAGCUUCCGCAUAGUCGGGGAGGGGACGAGUUCACGCCCUCUGAGGCCGAUGUCCCGGAUGUUGCCCUCUCCUCAUAG